GAACGUUGUAGUAGGACUGUCGAAAGACUGCCCCAUCAGUUUUCCUUACAAACGAGGGAUCACCUAUUUGGAUAUAGCAUCUCUAAUAAGCAGCGGUUGAGUAGGCAUACAUGUAUACGUUUACGCGUUUUGAGGAGUAACAGUUAAUCCAACAGACUAAGAUUUUGUAUUACUUUGAGAAACUUUAGACAAAGCGUAUUGAACAGUACCCUACACAAUAGCGAUCUCACGCGUGGGAACUUUAAACGGGCUUUAAAUCGACCUUCAAUUAAACCAGUUCAGAUUAAAUCCAAUUCUAAAUGAGAAAAUCCAAAACGUUAAACGCAUUGAUAACUAUAGUUGAACUAAACAGAGUUAACGUAUGUUUGUUCGGUGGCUUUUACAGGCUCCACGCGAGUAGCGCUAAAGACUGGCCAGUGAAUAAGAUGCAACCACCUGCUUUUUGUAGAGAACCUGCAUUUUAAUUAACGUACGUUUUCGAAAAGGCAUGGCGUGAACACGGCGAAAGGACAUCCACAAGAAAGGGUUCUUGCUUAUCUAUGGAAUAACUCAACGGUGUUCAACUCAAGGGAAAGUGCCUCAAGCAAGGUUGGGGGAUGUGUGAAGGUGUGUGAGGCGCGGCCAUGGGACUGGACAGACUGUGGCUACUGGGUGUCACUACGGCUGUCGCCCUCUGUCUGCUACGUACAUCGCAGGGUGUGGAGGCGUUGGUGCGUGCCAGGGUGGGGGGCUCCGCAGAACUGGCCUGCAGCCUCACCCCUCCUCCUGGGGGGGCUACCACCCCCAACCUGUUCCCUCUGCACGUGGUGGAGUGGGUACGGCUCGGGUACAACGUCCCCAUCCUCAUCAAGUUUGGCGUCUACGCUCCGCGGGUCCAUCCCAACUACAAGGGCCGCGUGUCCCUGACUGGCGGGGCCUCUCUGCUGGUGGAGGGCCUGAGCCUGGAGGACGAGGGCUGGUUCGAGUGUCGCAUCCUACUCCUGGACCACACCACCGACGAGCUCCGCAAUGGGACCUGGACCUUCCUGUCCAUCACAGCCCCGCCCGUGUUUAUUCAGACUCCUCCCACGUUCGUGGAGGUUCUGCAGGGAGACUCUCUGACUCUCAGCUGCGGGGCUCACGGGAACCCUCGUCCAGUCGUCGUCUGGCACAAAGACAAGACCCCCAUUGUGAAACAUGCGAAGAUUAAGGUGCUCAAUGGCACCUUGUCUGUGGCCACGGCCAGCAGAGAGACAUCAGGAACAUACAUGUGCCACGUGUCCAACACGGAGGGGAACAUCACCCAUGUCACGCAGCUGCAGGUCAAAGGUCCUCCCAUCAUCCUCAUCUCCCCAGAGGACACCACCCUCAACAUGUCCCAGGAUGCACUCCUGCAGUGCCAGGCCGACGCCUACCCCUCUAACCUCACGUACGAGUGGUGGAAACACGGGGAGAACGUCUACCACAUAGAACAUCUUAAGUCACGUGUGAAAGUCUUAGUCGAUGGCACGCUCCUCAUUCCAAAUCUCGUACCAGAGGACGCUGGGAAUUACACGUGCGUUCCGACCAAUGGGAUUCUGACCCCGCCCUCCGCAUCCGCCCGGCUGAAAGUAAAACACCCAGCCAGGGUGGGGAGGAUGCAGAGAGAGACCUACCUCCCUGCAGGCAUGGAGGGAGUCAUCGCCUGCCCCGUCCAGGCCGACCCCCCCGUCAUCUACGUCAACUGGACCAAAGACGGAAACAUGCUGGACCUUGACAACUUUCCUGGCUGGAUGGUGAACAACAAGGGCUCGGUGUUUAUAGCGACGGCCAAUGACGACGCUGUAGGCAUGUACACCUGCACGGCCUACAACAGCUACGGCACCAUGGGCCAGUCAGGCCCCACCAAGGUGCUGCUGAAGGACCCGCCCUCGUUCCGGGUGCCCCCGCGGGCUGAGUACCUCCAGGAGGUGGGUCGAGAGCUGGUCGUCCCCUGCGAGGCCAACGGAGACCCCGCCCCCAACAUCACAUGGAACAAGAUCGGGCCGUUCCCCCGCUCCCCCUUCACGGUGCUGGCCAACGGCUCUCUCCUGCUCCAGCCCCUCAGCAAGGACCACCACGGGGCCUGGGCGUGCUACGCCACCAACCGCGUAGCCACCGUCAGCGCUAGCACCGUCGUCAUGGUGCUGGGCACCAGUCCUCACACUGCGGCCUCAGUGUCUGUCAGCACUGGGCUGAACCAGGCCAAUGUGUCCUGGGAGCCUGGUUUUGAUGGGGGAUACACACAGAAGUUCACCGUCUGGGUGAAGCAGGCCUCCAGAGGGAAGCACGAGUGGUCCUCUCUGCCCGUGCCCACGUCCAAGACUUACCUCCUGGUGACGGGCCUGCUUUCGGGGACCCGCUACCAGUUCAGCGUGCUCCCCCAGAACAAGCUGGGCUCCGGGCCCUUCAGUGAGAUCGUCAGCGUCCGGACCCAGGUUCUACCCACAGAACUCCCCACUGUGGUGACCACCCCCCCAUAUCUGGAGCCUCCAGAGAUCCUGUCGGCCAACAGGACAGCCCAGGGAGUGCUGCUGCUGUGGGCCCCCCCUGAGGCCCCCUCCUCCCCCCUGACUGGGUACGUCCUCCAGGGCAGGAGGGACCAGGCCCAGUGGGUCAUCCUCUACGACGCGCUGGGCGCCAACCACACUCAGCUUCUGGUUCAGGGGCUCCUCAGGGAUUCCAACUAUGACUUGAGACUGAUGUCACGCAGCAACAAACUACUGAGCGAGCCUAGUGACUCAGUCAACGUGUCCACUACAGGUAUGGACAUGUACCCAAUCCGGCCUGGCUUCCUGGAAUUUGUCCCCGAGCCCCUAUUGGCUGGCGUCCUGGGCGGAGUGUGCUUCCUGUUUGGGGCUAUCAUCCUCUCGUUGGUGACAGCUUGUUUCAUGACUCACCGAAGACACCGUCGGCGCAGGAAGAAGAGAGAAGAUCUCCCCUCUGCCUUCCAGAAGAGUUUGUCUCCACAAGCUCGCUCUCCUUCUGACAGCCCCGACAGCGUCCUGAAGCUCAAGUUUUGCCCUCCGCUCUCAUUCUUCCCCAACUCCUCCUCCUCUCAGUCGGACCGCUCCUCCUUCGACAAAGGGAGCAGAGGGGAGUACCAGGACCAGAGGAGGCAGCUGCUGUCCAGCUCCUCGCCCCCUCCACACUACACCCUGUUUGAGAGCCACCUGGGAUGCCAGGGAUCUUCUCCCACGGCCUUGGAGUCCAUCACCAGGGGCCCCGAUGGACGCUUCAUAGUCCAGCCCCUCCCGGAAGGUUCCAGCCCAUCCAGCAAGAAGGGCCCCAAGAAGGACUUCCUGCAGAACGGUGGAGGGGGUAGUGGUUCCGGGAGCAACCGGACUUCCUUCAGGGACUCUCCCAAAUCCAGCUCUCUGAACUCUGAGAAGGAGGAGCAGAAGGCCUCGCCCCUGACUGUGGAGGAGGCUGACCCCAGUAGGGCCCCACACUCCCCCGGCAGGGUGAGGGCCAUGGCCAGGAACUUCUCCCGGCACGGCUGCUUCUACUCAGACGACGAGCAAGGCUCCGAGGCUCUGCUGGAGAGAGCCAGCUUCUACUCGGACAACGGCGAGAAGCGAGAUUCCCUGAAGAGGUGCCACGCGCUCGGGUAUGCGGACGACCUGCUCCCCGGCCUGGCCAGUAGAGCGAGGCUGCCGGAGAGGGAGAGAGACCGGCCCUCGGGAUACCAGCCGGUGCAGGCAGACUCCAGCACACUGUCUCGUCUGGACGGCACGGACCUAGAGAGGGACAGCGUUCGAAAGCGCCAGCAGCUGGCUCGGGAGAGGGAGGAGUUAGAGCGGGAGUUGGAGAGCUACACAGCCAAUCCGAGGCAGCCUGAGAAGGCGGCGGACGGCCCUCCUGGGGAAAGGGGCGGGCCUGAGGCGGCGGAGGAGGAUCCCAUUUGGAAGCAACAGGAAAUCCCCUUGCGCCAUAAAUCCCACCGCGCCUCGGGCCAGACGACGCGGGCGUCCGACUACAGGAGGGCCUGCUACUUUGGGAACACCAGCAGCCCCAUGGACCGCCUCCCCUCCUCCUACAUCCAGUGGGACAUCAGCCCAGUGACCUCCGUCACCACCCACAUUCCAGCCCAGCGUCCCAUUGAGAGCUCCGCAUCCAGGCCUUCUCCCACACCGCACACUGACCCAGGAAGGGAGGACUCCCCUCCGGUUGACUCCUCCCACUCUCCGGUCAACUCCCACUUUCCGGUUGACUCCUCCCACUCUCCGGUCGACUCCUCCCACUCUCCGGUCAACUCCUCCCACUCUCCAGUCACCCAGUGCACAUCCCUCUACCUCCUGUCCCAGAACCUCAGCGCAGACAGCCCGCCUCUCUGCUUGGGGAACCCCAGGCCGCUGAACAGGGCCAGGUCCAGGAGCCCGAACAGGGAGGCAGAGGCGCUCCGCCGGAGGUCCAUGGUUGAGGGCGGCUGGAGGGAAAAGGCAGAAUCGGGAGGAGGGGCCUUGAAGACCAGGUCUUCCUACGCUUACGGCACACAGCAGCCAGAGCUACGGAUGGAGGGGGGCAAAGCUGGGGCCGACAGGGAGCUGGAUGUGAGGGCAGGUCAGUCUUACCUAGAGGCCACAUCGUACGGCCUGUCUGGAAACAGAGAGACUGAGCAUGUGGAUGAGACUAGGGACCCCGGGGGGCACAGUCCAUCUAGCUACGACACCUUGCCCUAUGACCUCCAUAGAAUGGGGGCCAAGGUCCCAGUGCGCGACGAUAAGAAUGAAGAUGACCGCCGCGCUUCACUGCUGUACUCCGAGAUGGAGAAAGAGGGGGUCCGAGCGCGCUCCAGGAGAAGCGACUGUCUGUUCGGCGAGAGCUCCAGCCGUAUCUCACCGCUGACCCUGGUGGAGGAAUGUGACAGCGACCAGUCACACUUCUCGGUCGCUCGCAUGUCAGGGUCGUUCAAAACUAAGCCGGCCGCCCAGCCUCCCAAGAUGUCACCUCUGCAGACGAGUGCGAUUCUGGAGUACCUCAGUCUCCCCGGGUUCAUAGAGAUGAGCGUGGACGACCCCGGGGAGGAGAGCGCGCUGCCAGACUCGUCCAUCCAGCUGACAGAGCUGAAGCAGGAAGGCUCUCUGGUGGGGAAGCCAGACGUGGUUCCAGAGAACUGGGAGGUUCACGUUCAGGAGAAACGAGCGACGCCUUCCAGCCAGAAAACAGUUUCUUUCGAGGAGACCGCUUCGACUUCAAGAGACGACGAGAAGCCACAGUACAGACGCACUCUGUCUGCCACAGGAGAGACGGGCCUCAGAGAAGGAUAUUCUGACAAGACUAAGAGACCUUCACCUGCCUCAUUGCAUCCGAGCAAAUACCCUUACUUUGAAAAAUCACAACCUCCCAGUAGUUCAGAGGGACCCCAUUCCAGACAAAGCCCAGGUUUAGCCCAGACGUUGGCUAGCGCAGCCAGAAGCAUGGCAGACAUUGUUUCUAAACACUCGGACGGUUUCGAAGAUCGACCCGAGUCCGCUGCAGAACAAUCCCAAAGACAUUAUCCUCAGGGCAACCAGACGAACAAAAUCACCUCGCGCAUCUAUCAAGUUCCUGUGCCAUUCAUGAGGAAAUCUCUUAGCAUAGGCCCCUGUCGAACCCUGUCGGGCAUGGGUCAGCCUCGACCCUUCGUGAACAAAUCUACCAGCUUAGGGUCCCAGAAAUGGGAACACUUUGAGAGCCCGAGGACCUACAUCUCUGAGAAGUGUUACUGGGACGAGUUGCCCAACCCGGAUGUCCGGGUCAAGUCCUACAGCUUGGGCCGCACGCCGGCGUUCUUCCCCAGGCCCGGUCUCUCCUGGAGAGAGCCGGCCCCGCGGCCCAGCGCUGGCAGCUUGGAGAGGCCCCACCACGCUGACAGAGCCCUCCCUAGCCCCUCCUACCUCACUCCUACCAUGGGCCCACCCAGUCACAUCUCAGGCUGGGGGAGACGAGAGCUGUACGACCCUCGACGCCAAGCCGCUGUCUUCCCUGACCCCUCACGGUGGCCCGUUACAUAUCACCACGAAGCCAUGCGGGCUGGGCAGCACAAAUAUGUCCCACUGGACUCCUCAAUACCCCAGUACCCACCCAGACCUAGCUCCAGGGGCCCCCCUGACUCUUCAAUGCCCCACUACCCACCCAGACCUAGCUCCAGGGGCCCCCCUGACUCUUCAAUGCCCCACUACCCACCCAGACCUAGUUCCAGGGGCCCCCCUGACUCUUCAAUGCCCCACUACCCACCCAGACCUAGCUCCAGGGGCCCCCCUGACUCUUCAAUGCCCCACUACCCACCCAGACCUAGCUCCAGGGGCCCCCCUGACUCUUCAAUGCCCCACUACCCACCCAGGCCUAGCUCCAGGGGCCCCCCUGACUCCUUUAUACCCCACUACCCACCCAGAUCUAGCUCCCGGGGUCCCAUAGAACCUCAGGGGCCUCCCAGGGUUCCGCCAAGGUCCUACCUGCCCAGGAUGUACAGCUGGCCGUCACCCCACCAUGCCCCCGUCCCCCCCAGGGAUUCGGAGGGUCUGGCAGAGAGAGGGCUGGGGAGUGGGCCAGAGGCCGAGGCCCGGGAGACCCGGGAGGGAGGCCGGACCAGCUAUGCCAGCCAGAGCAGUGGCAGGGGUAGCGUGGGCCUCCUCAGGCAGUCUCUCUCCAUCACCCCCACCCUCCUCAGCUCCCCGGAGACCACGGAGGAGAGCGAGAGACACAGAGCUGAGAUGGAGCUACGUGAGAGAAGAGCGAAAAGAAGGAACACAUCAGUAGAUGAGAGUUAUGAGUGGGAUUCAGCUGAUGUCUGUGUGGAUUCGGAAGUCCUGGAGGCCGCAAGGCUCGAUCAGAGAGGGGUAGGGAAGGGCAGGGGGGAGUUUAGACACCAUCCACCCCUCUCUGAAGCUGGCCUCCAGGACAUACAGAGGAAAGGCCCGCCUCCUCCCGUCAGCCCGCCCGUUUCCGACCCUCCUCGCAGCCAGUACAGCCGCUCUCUCAGCGAGGCGCGUUUCAACGCCCUGCGUCACGAGUUCCAGGAGUACAGGCGCGGCCAGGAGGCCUCUCGCCCCCGGGGCCCCCCCCGGGGCCCCCCCCGCGACGCAGACUCUGACUCCAGCUCAGCCCUGCUCUAGCAGCAUCCCCCGGGAUUUCAAAGAAAGGAACCAAAUAACUGUUUCCGUUCGCACGGAAGACUGAUCAUGAGCUUUGCUGUCGCACCUCACUGGACCUGUCUCUCCCCCACACACCACACUGGACCUGUCUCUCCCCCACACCCCUCUCUGGACCUGUCUC